CUUAUCUUAACCAAAAACUCGCGUAUAACCUAUGCUAGGAUUUGAGAGAGAGAGAGAGAGAGAGAGAGAGGGAGGAAGAGAUGGGAGUGACGAAGGAGGAAGUUGAAGCGACCUUAACUGAGAAGAUGAAGCCUUCUCAUCUUGAAGUAAUUGAUACGUCUGGAGGGUGUGGUGCUAGCUUUGCAAUUGAGAUUGUAUCGGAACAAUUUGAGGGGAAGAGGUUACUGGAGAGGCACCGGUUGGUGAAUUCCGCUUUGGAAGAGCAGAUGAAAAAUAUCCAUGCGCUUUCGAUAAAGAAAGCUGUGACCCCAGCCCAGUGGCAACAACAAGCUGAGUCGAACAAAUCUCAACCUGCUACUUAGUAAAUCUCCCUAAUGUGUUUCUUUGGUUGGUGAGCUUGGCUUGCACCCUAGAUCAUGGGCUGUUUACCAUUGAGCUAUGGCUCAAAUAUUUCAGUGACUGGGAUUUAGAAUAUGUGUGGCUCUCUGUGCAUGAUCUUCUGUAACUAACUGGCACUUACCAGAAUGACAUGCUUGAAUUCCGGUGCUAAUAAACACCAUAAACUUCAUGAAA